AUGAAAUUGUUCAACCUGAGUAUCUACUACAUCAUCCUGGGCAGUGCUACGUCCUGGAAGCUCGAAGCUGGAUCCCAGACCUGGUCAGGAUCGACCCCACAAGGAUGUCGAUCUGUGUACAUUCGCAGAGGUACUGAGAUAAGCUGGGAAGGAUCACCUGGAGCCAGAACUCUCCAGCUUUACAAUGUCCAGGGCAGUUGCAGCAGAGUGUAUCGGACAGUGAUCGGUGAAGGAGACAUCAAUGCGUCAAACAAUAUCUAUGGAUUUGUUGUGAAGGCAUGA